CCUUACUGUCUACAUCAUCAGCAAAACCAUAGAAUACAAAUAUCUAACAACUAAACAAAGUACUGGACCUAGUUCUUUACCUUCAUCGUUUUAUUGUGAAAAUACCCCAUGGCUAUGUCAACCAAAGCUAUCAAUCUUGCUAGUUUUAGCUCAGUUUUUCCUUCUUCACUUGAUAAGCUAAACAAGCCAUCAAAGGGUGUCCAAAACAGUUUCUGGGUACCAAGAAUUCCACUGGUUAAAGCAGUUCAAAGCCCAGCUGAAUCAGAUACUGGCAGAUGGGCAAAACAAAGACGCCCCCAGAAUGCAGAUGGUGACUUCUUUGUAGAUCAUACAUGCAUAGAUUGCGAUACUUGUCGCUGGAUGGCACCGCAAGUCUUCACACGAGCCGGUGGGAUGUCUGCAGUUUACAAACAGCCAACCUGCAAGCAGGAUCGAUUAAAAGCCCUCCAGGCCUUGCUUUCAUGUCCAACAAACUCGAUCCGUACAGAAGUGCCUCCUCCUGAUAUCCUAGAAGCUCAGAAGACAUUUCCGAUCCCAAUAGACGAGAAGAAACUUCCAGGUGUUUAUCACUGUGGGUAUCAUUCUUCUAAGUCAUAUGGAGCUUCUUCCUACUUGAUCAUUCAUCCUGAUGGAAAUAUACUUAUAGAUAGUUUUUGCAGCCCCAAAUUCACAGAGAGACUUGCACGUAAGAUCGAGGAGUUAGGGGGAGUAUGCUAUAUGUUUCUAACCCACAAGGAUGAUGUUGCAGAUCAUGGGAAGUGGUCAAAGCGGUUUAGUUGCAAUCGGAUUCUGCAUUCUGGAGAUGUAGAAGCAUGUACAGCUGAUGUAGAAACGAAGCUAGACGGCAAUGGCCCGUGGAGACUUGGACAAGAUAUUAUGCUUAUACAUACUCCUGGCCAUACAGAAGGUUCUGUUUGCUUGUUUUAUAUGCCACUUAAGAUUCUAUUCACUGGUGACCAUCUACUGAUGAGAGAAUCCGGGUUGGACAUAGUAGCUAUGUACAAUAGAUAUUCAGUUGGUACGCAACUGGAUAGCGUUAAAAGGCUCUUAGAUUUGGAUUUCAAUUGGAUAAUACCAGCUUGACAUGUAUUUACAGGCCAUGGUAGGAGAAUCGAGUUCAAAGAUGUUGGGGAGAAGAAUGCAGUUCUUGAAGCUUUUGUUGAGGAAAAGUACGCCCACUAUUCCUCGGUCAAGAAUAAAUGGUAGUAUUAGGCCUUUAAAUGUAUGUAAACUCUAACCCAUAUAAACAACAACAACAAUGAUGAUGAUCAUAUAGAAAUUAAGUAGGAUAAAUAUCCACA